UUGAAAAGAGAAAAAAAGAUUCGGAGACUCUCCUCGAGAAAGCACGUUUAAACCGUAUUUAAAAUUUUCCCUCACCUUCUUCUUCUCACGGAUGGAUGAUACAAUUGUAGAAGGAUAAAUCGAACGACAAAAGGCUAUGGGUACCGUUUCGAUCGAUCUUCGAUCAGUGGACACAAGUGACAGACGAGUCCAGUUGGGUGGAAGUUCUCCUGCCGCGGGAUCCUCAAACGAGGAUCCAGAACCGGAUGAAUCGACCUCCCUCUACAACGAAGACUGUCUUCGGGGUGCGCUGCAACCGUCCCCGCCCGAAGAUCAAAAGGGAAAUGGUGGAAGAUUUCCGGCGGAGGAUCCUCAAUCUUACGGUCAAAUAUUGAAAUUCUCUUACCCGAAGGGGAAACGGAAUAAUAAUAAUAACAAUAACGGGAAGAAGCCUUUCAAACGUAGAGUGACAUUCGCUUUGUGA